AAUCUUGCGUGAAAUCAUUUUCUUCAUUUUUGCUGGGAAAGCGCUUCUCUUCUCUUUGAGCUGAUUUACGGUGGGCCAUAUCUUGUUCAUAAAGGGAAAAUUAUCCGAUGCAGGGUUCAUUUCGCCGAAAGCAAUGGGUUUAGGAAAUAUGGGUCAAUUUCUUCACUAAUAUCUCUCGGCCGCGAGUUCCAGUCAUCGCGAUUGGCGUUCCGUGAAAUAUCCAACAUUGGGUUCAUUUUGGAAGCAAAGUAGAAGUCGAAAUCUGGUUUGAUUCGAAGAGAUGACGAACAAAGGAAUUUCAGAAGAGGCAGACAACGAUAUCUUGUUAGAAUCAGGUAACGAGAAGAUGUUGGAAAGUGUGAAUGUAGUGGACGAUGGAAUUGUAGGACUAGAUGGUAUGAUUGUGCCCGAAGUAGGUAUGAAGUUCAGCGAUGAAAAAGACAUGUUUGAUUUUUACAAACGAUAUGCGUACAACGUAGGCUUUCCGGUUAGGAAAAGAAAUUCGCAAAAGGAUGAUGAUGGAAUUGUAAGAUAUAUUGUGUUUACAUGUAGCCGUGAAAGUCGUAGAAGUAGUAACACAAGCGGUUAUAUGAAGACACAAGCUACCAUUCAAACGGGUUGUAAAGUUAGGUUGACUACAUCAUUAGAUGCGUGUGGAGUAUGGAAAAUUAACACAGCUAAUCUUAUUCACAAUCAUAAAACCAGCCCUUUGAAGUCCAGGUUGUAUCGUUGCAACCGAGAAUUGAGUGCCCAUGUCAAACGACGGCUUGAAGUGAAUGACAUGGCAGGGAUUCUUUUGCAUAAAAGUUACAUUUCGGCGGUUGUAGAAGCAGGGGGUAUGAGAAUAUGACUUGCAUUGAAAAGGAUUGUCGAAAUUAUGUUGAACAAGUAAGGCGAUUGAGACUGGGAGAAGAAGAUGCUGCAGCAAUUCAGUUUUACUUUUCAAACAUGCAAGCAAGGUGCUCUGGUUUUUUCUUUAGUAUGGAUUUAGAUGAAGAGUCGCUCUUGAGGAAUAUUUUCUGGGCAGUUAAUAGGAGUAGGCUGACAUAUAAGGAGUUUGGGGAUGUUGUGACAUUUGAUACCACAUACCUAACUAACAAGUAUGACAUGCCAUUUGCGCCUUUUGUUGGAGUUAAUCAUCAUGGGCAAUCAACACUCCUUGGUUGUGGUUUGUUGUCAAACGAAAAUACAGAAACAUUUGUGUGGUUUUUCAAGACUUGGUUUCAGUGUAUGCAUAGAAAGCACCCCUUGGUAUUAUUACCGAUCAAGACAGGGCCAUGCAGAAUGCAAUUCAGAUUGUGUUCCCGAAUACAAAACAUAGAUGGUGUUUGUGGCACAUAUUGAAGAAGUUGCCAGAGAAGUUUGGACACCACAACGACAAGGGUGAAUCUUUUCUGCCAUACACGUACUGGUGUAUGAUACUGAAACCGUUGACGAAUUUGAAGAGGGUUGGAGUGCGAUGAUAGAGAAGUAUAAUUUGCAUGACAAUGACUGGUUGUCGGGAUUGUAUUCGAACAGGGGCCGUUGGGUACCUUGCUAUUUGAAAUGUAUGUUCUGGGCUGCAAUGUUAACUACUCAACGCAGUGAGAGCAUGAAUGCAUUCUUCGACGGGUAUGUGCACUCUAAGACGUCGUUGAAACAAUUUGUCGAACAAUACGAGCGAGCUUUGAGGAAUAAGGUAGAGAAGGAGUUUCGGGCAUAUUUCAAAUCUUACUCACAAAUGGUUCCAUGUGCAAAGAAAUACGAGCUAGAGAAGCAAUUUCAACUAGUUUAUACCAUCUCAAAAUUUAGGAAAGUUCAGGAUGAGUUCAUUGGGAAGGUCUACUGCGAUCUCAUAUCUUCGUUGGAGUGCUUUUCAGGGACG